AGACCCAUUACAGAAUCCUCGCCCUCCAGAACCCUUGGAAUACAGAGGAAAUUGCAGGGGAAACUGUUCACCAAUAUCCCACGAACUUAAAGAUCAAAAUUUUGUGUAUCGGGCCAAGCGGUGGUCUGCACGGAUCUCUAGUCGAGCCAGUGUUUUCUGGGGAGGGGGGGACAUACCCCCGCCUGUCCCACGUCAUAGGGACACAAGUAAAUACAACCAGAACCACAGUGAUACAAACCAUAUUAGGUUAUUUGAGCGCAAAACACGUGCGUACACUUGCCGCGAGUUGUUAUGUAUCGUCUUCCUUCCUUGUCUUCUCAUCUGUUUAUUAGGAAUAGCAUUAAGCAGUCUCGUUAUCUACUAUCAAAUCGGGAAGGAAUAUGAGAAUGAGAUUGAGCUAUUAGAAACUGAGCUAUCGUUAGCUAGAGAAAAAGAUGGAGUUUAUCUUACUAGUCAAAAGUAUGAGGAGUUGAUGAAUAAAGCAAACAGGAAAACUUUAACCGAACAGCAACAUCAGGAUACACUGGAUGAGCUUGGAUCAGUCCUGGGGAAAAAAAGAAGAGAAGUUGAAGAACUUGUGGAGAAAAUAGGAUUGUUAAGAGAUACUUUAGACUGCACAUACACAGUGGUUCAAACUGGAGGACCUUUUCUUCCUGAGCAGCUUGAAUCUAAAUGCAAGCUUUCACAACGAGCGCAGCUGCUUCUUACUCUCAGCGAUCAAGCUGUGGAGAGUAGACCGACAGCUGCAAAAGCAAUAGAAAUGUUUGCCUUUGAAAAAAUACGACAUUUAAAGAAAAAGUUGGAGGCAAGCAGUGAAGAAUCAUCUCCAUCCGGGAUAUCCGGUUCAAGUUCUAGUUCCUGGAGUUCAGAACCUUCACGGAUAUCUGGUUCUAGUCCUAGUUCUUGGAGAAUAGAAGCUGCUGCUUCCUCCGGGUCCAGUCCUAUCUCUUGGAGUUCAACGGGUCAUGGAACGAGCACUCAUGACACAGGAACUGGACAACAUUGGUUGCUAGGAUCUCAACGCGGGGAUAAAUCUGAAUCUGGAGAAUUCCAGCAAUACUUGGUUACAGAACUCACAAGGAUGGAACAGAAUAUUAUUGACUUCCAGAACCAACAUGACACAUUCUGCUCAGAGUUUCGGUUGAGUCUAGAAGCUGAGGUUGAGAGGAGAAGCCAGGACUUAAGCGUACUUGCUAACCGCCUAGCUGGUCUCAUAGAUAACCAGGCUAAGGCUGUUGGCAAGCUGGAAGGGUUGGCCAGUGAUCAGAUGUAUGCUGAGCAGAAGUGGGUUCAAUCCUAUCUCAAGAAUAUCAGGAAUGAAGCUGACCGUCAAUCCACUAACCUUCAGGGUUUUUUAACAGAGAGCUUUCUACCAAGUAUUAGAGUAAUGAGUGCAGGCGUUCAAGAAAUAUCUACACAGAUCUCGGGUUUACAGAGUACACUAGUCCAGAGUAUAAAUACAGGCAGUAAUCAACUAUUUGCAUUUCUCGACAGUCAGAAAAGGUUGAUACUGGGAGCAAAGGAUAAUAUUCUUAACCUCAGUAAACUUCAAGUUCAUCAUAUUCAGGUGCUGGGAGGUAAACAGGAAGAUCUGAGAAAGGCUGAGGAAGGAUUUCAAUCUAAACUGAAGGAAGCACACAGGAAGAUGGAGAGCUUACUUUCAUCCGUCAUGGCAGAGUACUCCCAAUUCUCCAGUACCUUGAACAGUACCAGCUCAAGUACCUCAGCAGGACUUCAAUCCUUGCAGUCCAGAUCUCAGGAGAUUGAUUCUUCUCUUAACCUAGCAGUUACACAGGUACUAACUUACGGUACUAACCUAGCAGUUACAUAGGUACUAACUUACGGUACUAACCUAGC